AUGAAUAUUAAUGAUGACUCUCCUGUUGCUUAUGAUAAGCUUGGUGAAAGAUUUACUCUUGAUAGCACAUUAGAUGAUGUGCGAAGGCAGCUUUCAAAUGAAGGUGAUCUAAUUUGUAUUUCCGAUAAUAUGUACUUUUGUAGCCCAUCAGCAAUCAUCUUACGAGCUUCUGAAAGCAAUAAAUUAUUAAAAGAUGUUUUAUUUAAAAAUAAUAUUCUACAAAUUAAAAAAUUACCUAAUGUCAACAAAAAGAAUGUAAUCUUAAAAAAGUGUAAAUUAGAAUAUGGAAUUAAUAUGACUGAUGAAGGACCUAAAAUAGCUAAUGAGAUAGCAUUGGAAUUUUUGUCUGAAAAUAUCAUGGAUGAACUACACUUUGAGAAAGUAAGCAAGGAAACCUACGAAAAUUCAUUCGAAGAUUUUUUACGUAAAAAUUUGAUGGCAAAUGUAAAAGCUUCUAUUAAUUUUCUGCACUUAUCUAUCGGAUUAGGCGUAGCACAUGAACGCUCAUCCACAAACACUAAUAACACGAACUUUUUUUCUACGCAUGAGAUAAUGUUGUUACAAAAAUACUCAUUUAAAAUAGGCAAUGUCAAACCAACCAAAAAAUUCCAAGAAGACGUAGAAGAUGCUUUAAACAGUAAUGAUCCUGAAGCGUUUAAGAAUUUAUGUGAAAAAUACGGUGAAUUUAUAGCUCGAAAAGUAAAAAUUGGUGGGAAGAUACAAAAGAUAUCUUAUUAUAAUGCUUCAAGUUUAAUGCUGGAUAAAUUAAAAAAUUGGUCGUCUAGUGGAAAAAUUGGCUCUGGAAUUGUUGGAGACAUAAAUUUAGAAUAUAGUAAAAAUCAAGGGAUAAACUUAUAUUCCUCAGUUUCAAGUGCUACAACUUGUACUCGUGUCUAUGGAGGAGAUAAAAGUAAAUUUCGUCAAUAUGACCUCUGGCUGAAUUCUUUAAAUGACUAUGAAAGUUUAUGCGCAAUUGAAUAUGAUGACUUAAUUCCUAUAUUCGACUUAUUAGACCCUGAGCUUCGUCAAAAAGUUAUUAAAAAAAUUAGAAAUGAAAAAAUUCUAUAUAGCGCAAAAUUUUCUGUUAAAUUUAAAAUCUUUCCACAUAAUUAUUCAUACACUCAUGAAUUAGAAAUACCACCUGAUUUAAAGCCGAAUCUAAAAGAAUACAAAAUUUUUAUAACUGUAAUGAGCACGGAAAAUCAAGGCGAUGAGAUUUCUACUCGUGUUAUCUAUACAUCAGAUUAUUCUUCAGCGACUUUAGUUCUCCACCGGCUCAGUGAAAGCAAAGGAACGCAAAGCUUUAAUCUGCAAAUAGGUUGGAUUAUUAUUGGUCAUCCAAAAAGUUUCCAAUAUAAAUGCCAUGAUUUUCAUAUUACUCAUAGUUGUGAAGUUAAAUGUCGAGAAAAUUCGAUCGGUAAUUAUGGUCAGAUUCAAGGCCAUAGUCUUUUAGCGACAUGUGCACAACGAAUGCCUCAACAAUCUGAAGUGGUUCCAAUGAAUUCAAAGUUAGUGACAGGUGUUCAUUUUUAUUGCGAAUCCCAACAAUUAAAAGCAUGUUCUUUUAUUUAUGACCUCGAAUCAAAAAGAUGUUUUAAACAAAAUAAUCAUCAAGAAUUGUCCGACCUUAUUAUUCAUUGCAGUUAUGACAUAUCAGAAUCACCAAAUACACUCUUAUGGACUCAUGAUAAGCUGAAAUUUGUCAACAUUUUACAAAAUGCUUGUCCAAAAAAUUGCACUGCAGGAUUUAUAAUCCUUUCUCCUACUCCUAAAUAUCUAGUAUUUAAUCAGAAUGACCCUAAAGAUCUUAAUCAGAACGACCCUAAAGAUCUUAAAGAUUUACAG